ACUACCGAUAAAGACUGCCAUUUUAUUUAUAGAAGAUUUCAAAACAACACUGAAUAGCAGCCUAUAGCUGUCGAGGUGAACUGUCUGUCUUUCUGUCUUCCUCUUUAUUCUAAGACAAUGCCAAAGCUUGGACAUUUGCAAUGAUUUUAACUCAGCGAUUGGGUUUCGCCUGGGCGGAGAUGGCUAUAACGCGGCAGUCUGAUUAAUUCGGAAUUUUAAACGAGAAAAGAAAAUCCAGCAUUAAGCCUAUUUUUGUUAAUGCAAUGGUUUUUAUGCGCUGUUUUGCAAAUUUCAUGCACUUUGAUGCAGAAUAACCUGCACUUUUUGUCCUGUGGGCGCUUUUAUGCACAGUAAAUAGUCUAUUUCUUUCCUUUUUUUUAAAUCCGUUUUUACAGCUCUUCGCGUAAUUGCGCAUUUUCCAACAUUUUGAGCUGUAUUUGCUCGGUUAUGUUAGCUGUGGGGCAAAUGGACGGACCUCGUCAGGGCGCUUUUCUCCUCAACACCUCGCCUUUAUCUGCUCUGCACAGCAUGACCGAAAUGAAGACGCCUCUGUACCCGGCUUACCCGUUACCGUCUACCGGCCCGGCGUCGUCUACCUCCCCUACCUCGACCUCUCCCAACCCGGGCGGGGUCCCGGUGUCUUCCCCGGGGAUCAAAACAUCAACUGCUGUACUCUCGGCUCUCGGAUCCCAGCAGUGCGGGACUUCAGCCACUCCACAUGGGAUAAACGACAUCCUCAGUCGGCCGUCGGUGCUGUCUUCUGGAGCAGCGACAUCUCCAGCUGGUCUGCUGUCUGGUCUUCCCCGCUUCAGCAGCCUAAGUCCACCUCCUCCUCCGGGGCUUUACUUCAGCCCGAGCGCAGCUGCCGUGGCCGUGGCCCGUUACCCCAAACCUCUGGCCGAACUGCCCGGCCGGACCCCUAUAUUCUGGCCGGGAGUGGUGCAAAGCCCGCACUGGAGAGAUGCCAGAUUUGCGUGUUCGCCUCAUCAGAACUCAGUGCUGCUGGAUAAGGACGGAAAGAGGAAACACACAAGACCCACGUUUUCCGGGCAGCAAAUUUUCGCGCUGGAAAAGACUUUUGAACAGACCAAGUAUUUAGCAGGACCAGAGAGAGCGCGUCUGGCUUAUUCCCUUGGCAUGACAGAGAGCCAGGUGAAGGUCUGGUUUCAAAACCGGAGAACGAAGUGGCGGAAGCGGCACGCGGCUGAAAUGGCUUCGGCCAAGAAGAAACAAGACUCAGAGACUGAACGUCUGAAAGGUGCGUCGGAAAACGAAGACGAUGACGACGAUUAUAACAAGCCUUUAGACCCAAACUCGGACGACGAGAAAAUUACGCAACUGCUGAAGAAACACAAACCGAACACCGGUCUCAUAAUUCACGCAGGGGACACCGACAGUUCGUAAAGAACCCUGCAGGAGCUCCCGUGCAGAAUCACACUAAAUAACUGCGUGUUUUCAUUCAGUUGUGAAAUGUCUGUGAGCGUGUUUUCACGAGGAAAGAGGAUGCAAAUAAUCUCAUGCACUGCCGGAGGAACUGAGCGCAUCACACACACCCUGCAAGCGGACCUUUAUGUAAAACAACAGCGUGAGUUGUAUUGAAUAGAAAUUAUAUUACUGUGAAUAUUUAUGUGUAAAAUAUCUUUUUUUGUAUAGUAAACGAUAUAGGCUUCUUUUUCUAAUCUCUAUUAUGUUCUUUUUGCAUCUUCACACCGGAAUAAGCGCUUCUCAUUUUCACUUUAACACUUCUUUGUCUUAUCCUCCCAAAAGACCCCCCCCUCUCUCUGUCUCUCUCUCUCUCUCUCUCUCUCUCUCUCUCUCUCUCUCUCUCUCUCUCUCACACACACACACACACACACACACACACACACACACACACACACACACACACACACACACACACA